AGAUGGAAGAAGUGAAGUGUUUACCUCGUGAACAGAAAUGAUUGUUUAUUAACCUGUUAAGUUGAAGUUAGAAUUAAACUUCUGAUGUUUAUUAUGAAAAUAUUUUAUUUAUUUUUGUAUCGCAUAAUUUAAUUUAGUGCGUAAUUUUCAAGAAUUUACUUCCAAAAUGAAAUUGGUUGGGAAAUACAUUGACAAAGAUAAUCACGGAUCUGUUGUCUUGAUCCCUGAAGAAGAUGAGGAUAUGUGGCAUGCUUAUAAUCUCAUUGAAGCAAAUGACGCUGUUAAAGCUUCUACAUUUCGUAAAGUUACGCUUGAAUCAGCCACUGGAAGUACUGGUAGUAGUCGUGUUCGGACUACGUUAACACUCAAAGUUGAAUCAACCGAAUAUGAUACUCAGGCUUGUCUGGUUCGUGUCAAAGGACGAAACAUUGUAGAGAAUCAGUUUGUAAAGAUGAACCAGUAUCAUACACUUGAUUUAGAGCUGAACAGAAAAUUUACUUUAACUAAAGAACACUGGGAUUCCAUUGCAUUAGAUAGACUGGAAAUGGCUUGUGAUCCUACUCAGCGUGCAGAUUUGGCUGCUGUUGUAAUGCAGCAAGGCUUAGCAAAUGUUUGCUUUAUUACUUCUUCCAUGACCAUUACAAGAGCAAAGGUCGAAUGUAAUAUACCGAGAAAAAGGAAGGGUUUAUGUUCUCAACAUGAAAAAGGGAUGAAUCGAUUUUUCGAGAGUGUAAUGCAAGCUAUAAUACGACACAUAAACUUCGAUGUGGUCAAAUGUGUGCUUUUAGCAAGUCCAGGAUUUGUGAAGGAUCAGUUCUAUGAAUUCAUGGUGCAAGAAGCCGUCAAACAAGACAACAAGUUAAUUAUAGAGAACAAAAAUAAGUUUGUUUUAGUCCACUCAUCUUCAGGUUUCAAACAUAGUUUGAAAGAAAUUCUUGUAGAUCCUCUGAUACAAAAUCGGCUUGCUGAUACUAAAGCAGCCGCUGAAGUUAAAGCAUUAGACUCUUUCUACCAAAUGUUGUCAUCGGAAUCUGAUCGGGCAUUCUAUGGAUACAAACAUGUGGAAAAAGCGAAUCAGUUCCAAGCAAUAGAAACUUUAUUAAUAUCAGAUCAUCUCUUCCGCUGUAACGAUCCUUUAGAAAGAAAACGUUACGUUGCUUUAGUAGACAGUGUCAAAGAAAAUGGAGGUGAAGUUAGGAUAUUCUCAAGUCUUCAUAUUUCUGGUGAACAACUAGAACAACUAACGGGUAUCGCUGCAAUAUUACGAUUUCCCAUUCCCGAUAUGGAAGAUGAUGAUGAUUCUGGCGAGGAUGAAUCGAAGAGUAAUGAAGCUAAUUGUAGUAAGAAUUUAAAAGAAAAUUCAAAUGAUAAAUCAUGAUUAUUCCAGUAUCUAUAAUUUCAAUGUUGUGAUUUAUUGUUUUUUCUCGCAACAAAAAUAUGUGAUUCAAUCAAAACUGGUAUAUUUACCCAUGUAUAUUGUUGAACAAAAAAUUAUUUACUUAAACGGACGAUAUUUAUUAUGAUACAUAAUCGUACCCAAAAUUGACUCAUGAGAGGAUAAUAAUAAUUUCACAUUAUUUAUAAGUUGUAACAACUUGAAAAUGCUUUAACUAUAAGCUCAAAUUCAAAAUGGUUGAAAAGGUUGUACGACUGAUUGAUCACUGUGAACAGUGAAAUUGUUAACUGCAUGUAAAGAUUUUUCUGCUACCUCUUCAAUAAGAUUCAUAUCUUCACUGGAUAUUUUACCUUUGGAUACAAUUGUUUUCGGAUCCCAACUUUUCUUGUUCUUCAAUUUAUUGCUAUUACUAAUUGGCUUGACUUCGUCUAAACGAGAGGCAUACAAUUUGGUUCGUUCAUCAUAUUCCUUGGCAUCAUAGUUGGUCGUCUCAAAUGAAGAUAUAUCAAUGACACUUAAAGCCAUCCGAUGAAGACUGCGAUUCCAUGAUUUAGACUGGCGACGUCGAUCAUCAUCGCCCUCCAAUGUUGUCGAUGUUUCCUCAUGGUCAAUUAUUCCUAGACCACUGGUUGGAUCUUUGGCUGCUGCUGAUCUUUCAUCAAUUAUUUGUUUACAAAAGCAACAUCCCAUUAUGAUAAUGAACACUUAUUAAUGAUUGUUUUGUUGAUGAGUUUAACGAUGAUGGUGAUGAUGAUGUUGAAGGAUGUGUAGGUGAUGUAAUGACAAUGAAAGAAUGGUGUAAAGAAAAUUGUCUUCAACUAAACAAUAACCAUUUAAAACAAGAAA